AUGGAGGAGUAUAUAAGGAGGCCGGGGGUCCCUGAAUUCUUGUACCCUGCUUCGACAGCAAUGGUCUAUACUUCGUUGAACUUAACAGAUCCCAAGGAAUUCAAAAAAGAAAACUACAAGUAUCACCAUUACUACUCAAAUUUGAGCAGCACUUUGGUAUCACCCAGCACCCAAUCAAAUUUUUAUCCAAGUGACAAUUUUGAGUACUAUCGAUCUCAUAAAGUUUAUAAGCCUCUGUCAAUUCCAAAAUCGACAACAGAUGGCAGAAUUGAACCAAGUCGUUCGAAAAAGUACUUUCAGAAUGUUAACUGUUUUAUGGACAGUCCUCCCCUAUUUGGUGAUGCAGCUCUUCGGGGUGUAUCAUAUGGCGCUGGCGCUGAUAUGCCAGAUGGUAUCUAUACCUUUGGUGGUUUGGAAUGUAUGCUAACCCCAGAAUAUGAGGAAAUGCUAAAAAAAAUUACACAGAACUUCACCAUACCUCCGGAAAACAUCAAACUAGAAUGUGAUUAUGAUAUACCAUUCCCCAUUGACAAAGAAAAAAUAGAAUCAAUGUCGUUGAAGCCUUGUCUUACGGUUAAAAAGUAUUUGCCUGAAUCAAAUUGUCUCCGUUAUGUUUGUGAAUUAAACAAUGAUCAGAAUGAGAAUGAAUUGGAAGAUGACAGGACAUCUUUCAAUGAUUUAUUAAAAAAAACUGACGGAAAAAUUAUCCAAAAAAAUAAACCACAGGGUAUGGCCACAUCAAGUUCAAGCUCCUACCAGGACACUCCAAAGUCCCUGAUUUGUGCUACUGCUUCAAAAGUAAGUAACAGGUUUUUUGCUACUUAUGGUGGAUUGGAAAUUAUUACAGAAAUCAAAUAUCCUGAUGAUCAACAUUGUAUAAUAGAGAAGAAAUUAAUUCCUAACGAUCAGCUUUGGUUAUUUGAUACUAUUACUUGUAAAUUUCGGGAAAUCAAACUAUCUGUCCACCCAACUUAUUCGUCCAUUUUCCCAAAUACGGUACCUAGAUUUGGGCAUGGAAUGGUAUCCAUCUCGGUGGAAGAAAAUAUCAAUCUGUCAAAAAAGAACGAACUCAAUCAUGACUUUAAAGACGCCGAAAAUCAUGAAUCAAAGGAAAAUAUUACAGUAGGUACAUUCUCAAAGCCUGCAACUAUCUUUGUGAUGGGCGGAUACAGGGCAAUGGAUGACACCAAUAAAUUUGUGGCUAUCAAUGAUUUGUGGAAAUGUGAUUUAUUCUUAGAUGAUAAAGGUGCAGCUGAUGAGGUACUAGCUGCCCCAAUUGGUGAUUUUGAGAUGGCAAAUGAUUAUUUCAGUUAUAAUAUUGAUGACAAAUUAAAUGAACACCCAAACAAUCCAACGUCUAACAAAUUUACCGGAGUUUUUAGGCAUUCAAUGGGCAACCAGUGGCCGUCACCUCGAGGUUUUUUUUCAAUGAAUCUAAUUGACAAUGACUUUAUGUUGAACUAUGUUGACUGGAAAUCACCAUGUCGUGAAAAUGCUUCUAUAAAACAGAAACUCCUACAGAAAGAAUUGUUGGCCAAACGUGAAAGAGAAACUGAACAAAACUUGCACACUCCUUUGCCCACCACGAAAUUAAACUUCUCAUUCACUUCAGCGGAAUACAAGAAGCCUGAAUUUACAAGAACGAAAACUACAACAAGAAUCACUGGUAACCAUGGACCAGGAGUGGCAUCUGAUAUAUCUAGUAGAUCUGAUUCGCCGUCUUCAGAGUUGAGUAAUCAUACUAGUAGUGUCAAGCAGUUUGAGAAUAAGGUGCUAAUUUUGAUAGGCGGAUCAUCUAUAAUGUACACGAAAGUUUCUGAUGAUGAGCAAUAUGAUGUCUACUAUAAUAAAUAUAUUCUUGGGGAUAUAUGGGUUUUCGAUUUCCAAACAGAAUCAUGGUAUAACUUUGAAGAACAUGUUAAAAUUAAGAGAGCUUUGCAAGUAUGUGGACACAUGUUAAUUAUAUCUCCAUAUACUUUGAAUGUAGUGGGUGGUGUGGCCGAAUCACACUAUGACGAGUCAUUAUUUGAGCCUAUACAGGGUGGACUAAGUAGGACAAACAAUUGGGAACAUAAGGUACAAACACAAAAUUGGAGCAGAGGCAAAGAAUGUGUCUCUAUAUUCCAUCGAGAAAAGCGCAAAUCCAAACCCAAAAAUCAUUUUGAUUCCCAUGUUGGUGUCGAAAUCACUAAAGAUCGAACUGCGGAGUACAACCAUUUCUCUGCAUUUAUAUUUGAUUUCCAAAAAUCAUUGUGGAAUAAUAUACAGAUUGCUAUUGUCAAUGAUCACAAAUACUUUGUGCCGUGGGAAUUUAACAAAUCUAGGAAGAUAAUGAGUGGUGGUACACUUCUAAAUACCGAUUUUGAAGAUGGAAGAAUUAAAAACGAUUUUGACGUGGAUAAGGAACCUCUAGGGGGUUAUGGUGUUCUGGCGGUGUGUGGCUUAGUUUUUUACAAAGAUAAUAGGACCGUUUUGAUUUCACCGGAUCUUAAGGUACUUGAUGAGAAGCGUAAAUGCAUUUUAGGCAAACAGCGUUUAGUAGGUAAUUCUAUUGCUGAUAUUUAUUCUUCGUACAUUUAA